GGAUACCGAUUACAUAUAUCUGGAUAUGUCUAUGUAUUUGGUCAGAUCCGGUAUAACAUGUUUGGUACCAGCGCCAAGACGUUUGGCAAGUUGGAUUUUACCCCUCGAACCUUUUCAAUUCACUCUCUGGUUAGCUGUUUUGGUCUAUCUCUUUGUAGAGGUCAUUAGUCUGGCCUUGACCUAUCGAUUUGAGACGAGAUUUGUGUCCGCAAUGAGUGACUCUUGGCCGGAGAGUUUAAAUUUUGGUAUCGUUACAACUCUUAAAUUAUUUGUAUCACAAUCGGGAUCGAAAAAGGUAAUUUCACAGACGGUGAGGGUUUUGCUAUUCACAUGUUUCCUAAAUGAUCUGAUCAUAACCAGUAUUUAUGGUGGAGGAUUGGCCAGUAUUUUAACGGUGCCAAGUUAUGAUGAAGCUGCCGAUACCUUGGAUCGUAUGUGGUCUCACAAAUUACAAUGGGCUGCAAAUUCGGAGGCCUGGGUCUCCGCCAUACGCAAUGCAGAAGAUGAUCGUAUUAAUGGCAUUUUGGAGAACUUCUUUAUAUAUUCCGAUGAAAAACUGGAACAGUUGGCUAGCUCACCAUCAAGUUGGGGCUUUACUGUGGAACGUUUGCCAUUUGGACACUUUGCUAUUGGCGAUUAUCUGACCACGGAAAGUAUCAAUCAUUUGAAAAUAAUGCAGGAGGAUUUAUAUUUCCAAUAUACUGUGGCCUUUACCGCCCGAUGUUGGCCCAUGUUAUCGGCUUUUGAUAACCUGAUUUAUUGGUGGCAUUCGGCCGGGUUGGAUAACUAUUGGGAAUGGCGUGCUGUGGCCGAUAAUAUGAAUGUCCAAAAGCAGAAGCAGGUUGAGGCCACGCUCUAUUCGAAUAUCGAAGAUAUGGGUCCCGUAAAAUUGGGUAUGGCCAAUUUUGUUGGCAUUCUCUUGCUUUGGAUGUUGGGUAUAACCAUUUCGUUUCUGGUAUUCUUAUAUGAGGUGUUGAGAGAUUAUGUUGAGCGAAAGAAGAGAGGAGAGUAA